AUGUCUCUCACAGGCGCCAUCAACACGGUCAAGCAGGCCUUGUCCACAGCACCGCCCAGCGAUGCCUAUCUCGCAUGGGACGCUCCCGGUGUGGAGGAACCUAUCCCCGACGAGGAGCUCAAAGCAAAGCAAAUCGGCGAGACAAUGAACAAGAUGCAACAGCACAACUUCGACAUUCAUCGUAGAGCCUUCACGGCCACCCACGUCAAGACUCAAGGCAUCGUGAAGGGGAAACUCACUGUUCGCGAGGAUCUUCCUGCUCAUCUUCAACAAGGCCUUUUCAAGACGCCAGGCCAAACGUACGAUGUCGCGGCGCGGUAUUCGAAUGAGCCUAUUUUCUUGCAGGCGGAUCAGGAGCCCGGACCGCGCGGCUUGAGUUUGCGAAUCUUUGGCGUCAAAGGCGAGAGACUUGAGGGCGCUGAUCAGGAUGCCACGACCCAAGAUUUCAUGUUCAAUAAUGCGCCGAUGAUCGAGCUCACCGAUAUCGAUACUUGUCUGGAUAUUAUGCAGUUGCGGGAGAAGUACUUUGAUAGCCCGACCAAGCUCAGCGCGGCGACGAAGUUGAGGACCGAUGGCAUCAAGCAGAGUGCUCCUUUCCAACUCCCGAACACCAACAUGGUCAGCCACUCUUUCUACACGCAAUCCGCCUUCCGCUACGGCCAGUACUACGGGCACAUGGGUCUCUUCCCCGUCGUCGAGGAGAUGAAGACCCGCGACAACAAGGUCACCAGCAACGAUCCCCACUCCGCCCUCUCCGACUGGCUAUCCAACUACUUCGCCCAAAACGGCGCGAAGUACGAGUUUCGUAUCCAGCUCGGCACGGAUCCCUCGCACCACCCCACAGAAGACGGAUCGGUGGUCUGGGACGAGACGACGGCUCCCUACCAGACGAUCGCGACGGUGGAGUUCCCGGCUCAGGAGAGCAUGGGAAUGGAGAGGAGGGUGUUUUGGGAGGGCAAGAUGAAGUUGAGUCCGUGGGAUGCGUUGGCGGAGCAUCGCCCGUUGGGGAGUAUCAAUCGGUUGAGAAGAGUGGUCUACGAUAUGAGUCGGAGGAGGAGGGAGGCGAUGAAUGCGGUGGAGACGAAGAGAGUGCAAAGGGUUAAUGAAAUGCCGUAG